AUGUCUGCUGCCAGCUGUCUGCUGACUGAAGAUCAGUUCCUGUGCUCCAUCUGUCUGGAUGUCUUCACUGAUCCAGUCACCAUACCAUGUGGACACAACUUCUGUAAAAACUGCAUCACUAAGAACUGGAAAACUGGAGUCCUGUAUCUCUGUCCCAUCUGUGAAGAGGUUUUCUCCACCAGACCGCAGCUGAAGGUGAACACUUUCAUCAAGGAGAUGUCUGCUCAGUUCAGACAGUCAACUCAGCAGGAAUCCAGCAGCAGCAGCUCAGAGAGACAAGUUUCCAAACCAGGAGAAGUUCCCUGUGACGUCUGCACUGGAACCAAACUGAAGGCCCUGAAGUCCUGCCUGGUGUGUCUGGCUUCUUACUGUGAGACUCACCUGGAGCCUCAUCUGACUAUGUCAGGUCUGAAGAAACAUCAGCUGAUCGACCCUGUGGAGAACCUGGAAGACAGGAUGUGUGAGAAGCACGACAAACUGCUGGAGCUGUUCUGUAAGAACGACCAGAGGUGUGUCUGCUUGAUGUGCACUGUUUUAGAGCACAAGAAUCAUGAUGUUGUUCCUCUGAAAAAAGAAAUUGAAGUAGAGAAGUUAAUGCUGAGAAUGAGAAAAAGUGAAAUCCAGCAGAUGAUUCAGAAUAGACAGCUGAAGAUUGAAGAGCUGAAACGCUCAGUGAAGCUCAGUGAUGAGAAUGCAGACAGAGAGAUAGCAGAAGGUGUUCAGGUCUUCACCGCUCUGAUAGAGACUGUGCAGAGAAACCUCGACAGACUCAUCGAUUCAGUCAAAGAGAAGCAGAGACAGACAAAGAACCAGACUGAAGGCUUCAUCAGAGAGCUGGAACAGGAAAUCUCUGAGCUGGAGAAGAGGAGCACUGAGGUGGAGCAGCUCUCACGCUCUGAAGACCACCUCCAACUCCUCCAGAACUUCAAGUCUGUGAACGCUGCUCCACCCACCAAGGACUGGCCUGAAGUCAGAGACCAUCCACCUUCAUAUGAGGGGACUGUGAGGAGAGCUGUGAAGCAGCUGGAGGAGACCAUCAGUGAACAGAUGAAGAAGCUGAUUAGUGAGUUGGAGCUGAAGAGAGUCCAGCAGUAUGAGGUGGAUGUGACACUUGAUCCUGAUACAGCGAAUCCCUUUCUCAUCUUGUCUGAUGAUGGAAAACAAGUUAAAUACGGUAAUGUACAGAAGAGUCUCCCAGACAACCCAAGGAGAUUUAAUCACUGUGCUAAUGUCUUAUCAAAGCAGAGUUUCUCUUCAGGCAGAUUUUACUACGAGGUUCAGGUUAAAGGGAAGACUUACUGGGAUUUAGGAGUGGCCAGGAAGUCCAUUAAGAGAAAAGGACCAAUCACACAAAAUCCUAAAAAUGGUUACUUUGCGAUAUGUUUGAGGGAUAACAAACAGUACAUAGGUUGUGUUGACCCACCAGACAGUCUCUCUCUGAAGUCUGGUCCUGAGAAGGUGGGGGUGUUUGUGGAUUAUGAGGAGGGUCUGGUCUCCUUUUAUGACGUUGAUGCUGCAGCUCUGAUCUACUCCUUUACUGGCUGCUCCUUCACUGAGAAACUCUACCCGUUCUUUAGUUCCGGCACUUAUGAUGGUGGUAGAAACUCUGCUCCUCUGAUCAUCUCUCCUCGAAUAACAAGGUCUUUGUUGAGAUGA